AUGUCUCUCAUCGAUCCGAUCAACAGGUUCUGCCAGCGAGUCGCAACCGCUGUGAAAAACGACACACUCUACAUUGAUGGCGGCCUGGAGGUAUUUGCAGAGAACAAUGGAGGAGCGCAGAAGUCGAACCCGAUCAUUGGAUACAAUGAGUAUUUGAUCGCAAUCGCGUUGAACGAGACAUGGGACUGGAAAGUGAAUAUUUCAGUGACAGCGUUCAAUAAAACGGCCGAUGCCAGCACGGGCACGUAA